UCACGAAGCGGCAUGGCCAAGGUUCCCCGUAACUUCCGCCUGUUGGAGGAGCUCGAGAAGGGCGAGAAGGGCCUCGGUGCUGAGGCAUGCUCAUACGGUCUCGACGACGGCGAUGAUCUCCUCAUGACCAACUGGAAUGGCACCAUCCUCGGACCUCCUCACGUACAUCUCCCACCUCCAAUCUCCGUCAACACAACAGGCAUUAACUCAGUACUCGACAGANGUGUGCAUGAGAAUCGCAUCUACAGUCUGAGCAUCCGCUGCGGCGAGAACUACCCCGACGUUCCACCAGAGGUCACCUUCAUCUCAAAGGUCAACCUGCCCUGUGUAGACCAGAGAAACGGCANNAGAUUCAUGGCCGCACCCGCACACAAGAAGCUGCCGCAGCCUCCGGAGGGUACCAACUUCUAG